CCCUCCGUGCUGCGAACACUGCAUUUGACGCCGAGUCGCCGCGCAUGCUUUCGUCGCUGCGAGCACGAGUCGUCCCUUCGCGCCCCCGGAACAUGGGGUAGCAACCGCCCCCGAGUGGUGCCCCCUCACAUAUCAUCGGAUUGACAAAAGCUGUCUUCCAAAGCAGAGCAAAAAUUUCCUGUAUAUUCAAAUGCAGACGAUUUCUUCGAGUGAAGAGAGGAAGGAAGUGCUUUGUGGAUAAUUGCAGUUUCCUGUUGUGUUGUCCAUAGGAAUCGAAUUCCGAAACUGACCACUCUCGAGUGAAUUUGGUGGAAAACUCGCUGCCAAAAUGGCCCGAAGUGACGUUUGGAUUAUUUUGGUGAUGUGCGCGUGUUCGUCGGCCGUGAAUGGUCAGCUUCGUCCACCCCGCAUCACCGAACACCCGUCGGACAUCACGGUGGCGAAGAACGAGCCGGUGACGCUGAAUUGCAAGGCCGAAGGUCGUCCCGAGCCCACGAUCCAGUGGUUUCGCGGCGACCAGGGCGAGUUGGUGCGAACCGCGCCCGUCGACCCCAAGUCGCAUCGCGUGCUGCUGCCCAGCGGGUCGCUCUUCUUCCUGCGGGUGGUGCACGGCAAGAGGGAGCAGGACGGCGGCGUCUACUGGUGCGUGGCCAGCAACGAGGCUGGCACGGCCCGCUCGCGAAACGCCACGCUCGAAGUUGCCGUUCUGCGAGACGAGUUCCGAGUGGAGCCAAAGGACACCAGGGUCGCUCAGGGGGAGCCCGCGCUUCUUGAGUGCGGCGCUCCAAAAGGUCACCCAGAACCCGCUAUUAGCUGGCGCAAAAAUAACCGCACAAUCGAUUUUGAAAUGUCGAGAAGGAUUCGCGUUGUGGACGGUGGCAAUUUGCUGAUUAAUGACGCACGGCAGAGUGACGAGGGCCGAUACCAAUGUGUGGCCACAAAUGUUGUUGGUCACCGGAGCUCUCAAGUUGCUGUGCUCUCAGUUCACGUGAAACCGUACUUUGUGAAAGAGCCAAAGGACGUGACCGAACUGCAAGGCCUGAGCGCCGAGUUCAGCUGCCGCGUCGACGGCGACCCUGUGCCCAACAUUCUUUGGAGCAGGGCCGACGGCAAAAUGCCGCACGGCAGGGCGCACAUCCUGGACGACAGGUCGCUGAGGAUCGAGGAUUUGCAGCCUGGAGACGACGGAAUGUACAUUUGCCACGCAGAAAACGUGGUUGGGUCAAUAUCUGCUCAAGCCCAGCUCACUGUUCACUCUCCGCCUGACUUCAUUGUCAAACCCGAUGACCGCAAAGUAGCUGUCAAUGGUGUGACAACCUUCACUUGCUCUGCGCACGGACAGCCGCCGCCUUCGGUUUUCUGGAGUAAAGAGGGCAACAGUCAGGUGUUGAUGUUCCCUGGGCACGACUAUGGUCGUCUGCACGUCAGCGCGGCCGGCGAACUUGUGGUCAGGGGAGCUCGAAGGGGCGAUUCUGGCUACUACGUUUGCUCAGCUCUCAGCGUGGCCGGCUCCAAAAUUGCCAAGGCUUAUCUGGAGGUGACCUCCGUUGACGACUUCCCUCCGCCCUUGAUCCAAAUUGGCCCAUCCAACCAAACACUGCCGAUGAAAACUAAGGCCGUUCUGCCCUGUUCGGCUGUCGGUGACCCUGACCCAAAGGUCAGAUGGAGCAAGGACAACGUCAACCUGAACCUAGACAAGACUGGACGGGUUUCCAUCACCGAUAAGGGCACUUUAAUCAUUGAUGAACUCCAGCCGAGUGACACUGGGUUGUACACUUGCACAGCCUCUUCUGAGAGUGGUGAAACCACCUGGUCCGCCUCUUUGACUGUAGUUCCGCCCGAGUACAGAAACAUUCACCGCACUCCAGAUCCGGACACCCUUCCCGGUGCUCCGAACAGGCCAAACGUGUCCAACAUCUCGGACACUUCUGUGCUGCUCAAUUGGAAAUCAGGCUCUCCAGGCGCAUCCCCACUGGUCGGAUUUACAGUGGAGGUUUUCAGCAGUGAGCUCCAAAGUGGAUGGAGUGUUGCUGCCCACCGGGUCACUGGCAGCAGCAUCAAGAUCACGCAGCUCAAGCCAAACACAAGUUACAUUUUUGUAAUCCGAGCUGAGAACUCGCAUGGCCUCUCACCGCCAAGUCCACUCUCAGACAGAGUGCACACUUUGGCUAGAAGAGGAAAUAAUGGGCUCGAGCUGGACCUUGGAGAUGCAAGGCAGCGACUCAGCUCCAAAAUAGUCGAGCUGAAAGACGCACAACCUGCUAGCUCGACUUCGGUUCGACUUGUUUGGGAGAUUUUGUCAGAGGAGCAAUAUGUGGAGGGACUGUACGUUCGCUACAGAGAUAUUUCCAGUGGCUCCCAGAACUACGCCAUGAUCACUGUGCUCAACUCAGGAGCCACCAGCUAUGUGGUGCGCCAGUUAAAAGAAUUCACAAAAUAUGAAUUCUUCCUGGUGCCCUUCUACAAGACUGUUGAGGGCCAACCCUCAAACUCCCGCACCGUCCAGACCAUUGAAGAUGUUCCAUCUGCUCCUCCUGAGAAUGUGCAAGUGGGCAUGAUAAAUAAUACAUCAGCUUUCGUCAAGUGGAGUCCGCCACCGCCGCAACACCACAAUGGAAUACUUUUGGGCUUCAAGAUUCAAGUGCGCAGUGCGAACAGCUCAAAAGUUCUGGCUCAAAUGAAUUUGAACGCCACCACCCUGACAGUUCGACUCAACAAUCUGACCACCGGCAUUGCAUACUCUGUGCGUGUAGUGGCCUACAGCAGAGCCGGAAUGGGCCCUUACUCUUCUCCAGUCAUUCUGACAAUGGACCCUGCGUCUCUUCUUCUAAGUGACUCCAACCUGCAAAGCGCUGGUGAAACAGGAAAUCCGCUUCUGCAAGACAAUUGGCAUGUUCUCUUUGCGGCUCUCAUUUCUUUGGUCUUGCUGGUCAUGGGCGCCGUUCUCUUCUACGUCCGCAAACAUCACUCCAGUAAAAAGCAACUCGGACACCAGAGUGCAGUUCCUGUGGUGAAGGCAAUGGAAUUGGCAUCACUAGAUAUGGGUAACACGAAACAGGCGCCUUUGUGGAUUGACAGAGGUUGGGGCGCUCAGGACAGGAAUACCCCGGGAACGCAAAAUUUGCUCUCUGGAUCAAAUGCAGGGUCUGAUUAUGCCGAAGUUGACCCUCGAGGACUGUCGACCUUUGGGAGACGAGAACCUCCUCAACUUCCAGGCCCCUACGCUACGACCACCCUCAUCGGGUCAGCUCGCCGCGACACCUCACUGGAGGAGCAAAUUUUCUGUGGAGUGCCAAGUUCCUCAGCCAGUGACCCUAAGACUUCAAGCUCAAAUGAUUCUUGCCCUCGGCCUGACAACUGCAGCAUGGGCUCUCAUGACCACCAAUCAAAUUUGUAUAUUGAAGACGGUGGUUUGCUGCAGCGUCACAAGAAGCCCUCAAGUAUACGAAACAAAAUGUCAAUUGCAAACAAUGGUCCUCUGGGUCCGAGUUGGUCCGACUUCAUUCCUCCACCUCCCCAGGAAGAUCCUCCUCCACUCGGAAUGAACGACAGGCCCGACACUCCUGCAAGUGCCAGACUUCUUCAGGCUCUUAAAAAGGGCACAAGUCCCCUUCCUAACCGAAGACUUCACAUGAAUUGGAACAGCAUGGCAAGUGAGUCUCGUCUGCCUGCGCCAACUCAACCACCCCCAGGAGUUCCUUACGACGAGCUUGGACUGACAGACCGCGGCAUCCAAUCUUCACUCCCGAGUUUGGCUGGCGAAUCUGCUAGACUGCUGAGCAGCAACAGACGCAACAUGGUGCCUGACAUAGUUGACUACAGUGAGGCAGAGUACAGCGUGGCUGGUGAGCCAGGACAGGGGUACAGCAGUGCACAAACCAGCGAGGAGGAUGACCAUGUCAACGGAAACUGCUGCUCGUGCAGUGACGCUGAUGGUGCCUAUGAGGAUCAAGCAAUGACUAAAAUCUGCCAACAUGCAGGGCGCCAGCAGCAAAAGAGGUUUGAUCGGCAGCACAAGAGGCCAACCUCACCGUACAGUUCCGAUUCCAAUUACAGCAGUGGUCGUCAACAGCGAAGAGACAGACCUCCGAGGAGGAAGCAAUCAAAUAUCUCCAACUCGCUUGAUAGACCUGAGGGACACAUGUAUUGGUCAAACCCAUCGCCCUUAGCAAGUCCUCAUAGUCCUAAUGCGGCGCACAAGCCUCCUCUACCCCCGUUGAAUGCUCACCAGCAAUAGAGAGGACCGCUGCCUCGAGAUGCUCAAAUCAAUUUUUCCUCCUUUUCUUCUCGCUGUAGCAUGUGUUUUUUUAUAUAUGGACUCUCUCUUGUUACGCUGUGAUUUGGCAAUAAAUUGCCACGCAUCAUUUAUCGGUGUGUAAAUAAUGUGCAGCAGAAAAUCGAGGGGACGAUCACUGUAAAAUGCAUAAAAAUGUAAUGGGUAGGCCAUGCCACAAUUGUUAAUUUGUAAUUUGUUAAGGCUGUGUAUAGUCCUAGAUCAAUGUGGAUGAGACGUGAAAAUCUCAAAUCGCGCGCCAUCAUAACCCUUCCUUGGCAUUAACAGACAACCUAAUCCUUGUUUGAAUUUUGGAAGCAAAAGGCAGGACCCUUGAAUCAUUUGUAGACGGCUGGAGAUUCAGCUUUCUUAAUAAAUAAUGAAAAAAAAAACACCAUAUUUCUUGGAGGAUAAAAAAAAUACACACUUUGGUAGAAGUUUUAGAUUUGAAUGUGGCAAAAAUAAUCGAUUGACCAACUUAGUCUGAGGUCAGGUUAAUAAGUCCUAUAUAUCACAUUAGGAAUUUGUCCAAUCCAUUUUGUAUACUUUCUAUAUAAAAAGCCAAAAAAGCUAAACGAUCAAAGCAAUUUAUCCUUAGAGGCGCCAGAUCCAUGCCGGAAAAAAUAUCUAAUAUUGCUGUACAAGUUUGCAUCCACUUCUAUGAAUAACAUGUCAGUAAUACCUUAGCGUUAAGGCUAACUAUGAUGUUCUAGUGCAGGAAAUUCAAUUGUUGGAAUGAUGUAAAUUCAAUUGUUGGACAAGAAUAACAUAAAAUGUACACAUAGGUUUGAUGUCAAACCUAUCAAAAAUGAAUGUGUCUCUGAAUAGCUGAGAGGAAUGUGUAUUUGAUGGCAUAAAGUAGAAUGAAAAAAAUAAUGUAAUAUGCUUUUGUUUUCAGAUUAAUUUGAAAACACUGCCAUUCUGACUGACAAACUAAUUUAAUAAUGGAGUUAAAAUAAUGUGACCAUCCAUGUCUAAGGAUAUUUCGUGUAGGAAAUUGCAAAAAAAUAAAUAUUAAUA